UCUUUCUCCUGAUUCAGAAAAAAAUCUCAAAGCUACUUCAUGUCAGAAUUCCGACUUACAUUAGCAGCUUACAUGUAAACAAAAAGUAAUAUAAAGCCUAAAAGGAACGCUUUCAGAAGGAAAAACCACACAACAUUUGACCAUUGUAGGCCACCGUAGCUGACCCGGAAGUGCGCUUUAUUUUGAUAAGCAGCAGCUGUUGAUGUCGCUUUGCGUUUAGGAGCCAUGCAGGAGUGUGCUCUCUUCACUGUCAUCGCCAUUUAAAGCGUUUUCAAGUUUCUAAACUAUGCAAACUGCUAUAAUUAUUCCUGAAGAGGCGACUAAAUGGGACAUUCGCCAAAAAGUGUGGGAUUAUAUCGAGACUAAAGACCUGGCAACCUUUCCCCGACCUGUGCACCACAGAAUCCCAAACUUCAAGGCUGCUACAGCGGCCUGCGACAGGCUUCCCGUCCUGCAGGAGUUCCGGUCCAGCAGCGUUGUCAAAGUGAACCCGGAUAAGCCACAGGAGCGAGCUCGCUUUCACACACUGCGUGCUGGAAAAACACUGCUGGUCCCGACGCCUCGCCUACGGACAGGACUGUUUAACAAAAUCGUUCCUCCACAGAACGCCACCAAGGAGGAUCUGCGAGUGUGCUCUACGUCUCAGGGUGUUAAAGAGUUCAGCGUCCCAGUGGGUUUAGACUCGAGAGUUCACGUGGACCUGGUUGUGGUUGGAUCUGUUGCUGUGUCUGACAAAGGAUACAGAAUUGGGAAAGGUGAAGGAUAUGCAGACAUGGAAUAUGCCAUGAUGGUCUCAAUGGGCGCUGUGAAUGAAUCCACAGUGGUCGUGACUGUUGUUCAUGACUGCCAGGUUGUGGACAUUCCAGACGGACUGACGGAAAGUCACGAUCUCACCGUGGACUACAUCCUCACACCGAGCAGGAUCAUCAAGACCGAGUGUAAGAUCCCCAAACCACAGGGCAUCAUUUGGUCAAAGCUCGAUGCAGAAAUGCUGGAGAAAAUUCCCAUCCUGAAAAAACUGCGAGCCUUGGAGCAGAAGGCUGGAAAGGACGUGAUGCUGAAAGCGUCCUCCGCUGAAAGUAUGAAGACAAAACAGGAGCAUAAACCUGAGCCCAAGCCCGGUCCUGAUCCAAAACACCAUCCUAAAACCCCAAGGCGAGAUCAUACACUUCCGCUUGAAGAAGCUGAUUUGAAACGUGAACGCUCUCAGGCUCCUGUAAACACACUUUAUUUAGGCGACCUCCCAGCUGGACUGCGUGUGAGCGAGCUGAAGCGUUUCCUAAGGGAGCGGGACGCUGUACCCGUUCGACUCACCUGGAAGGGGGCACAGCGCAGGGCGUUCCUUGAGUACAGUGAUGAGCGAGCCUCGGAUCAGGCCCUGGAUGCCCUGCAGGGACUCUGCAUUAACGGCCACACACCGCAGGUAGAACGAGCCAAAAGCCAAAAGAGCUUCCGUAGACCUGGUCCUACCAAAGAUCUAGCAAGAACAAACCCAUAGGAACAGCUCAGACUACAACCACCGUCAGUAAUGUCCUAGAGGAGAGGUUGGAAGAGAAAUCCAGAAAAGCUGUGAGAUUUCAGUGGGAGAACAUCAUUUGAUGCAUGAUCUGACAAAAUGAUUGCUCCUGGAAAUAAAAUUCAGAAAUCCUUAUGAUUUAUCAUGUUUAAAAAAUAUUUAUUAAAGAUGCCCUUUCUUAAUGUUUAACUUUUUUUUUUUAGACCUGUAUUAAUCAUGUAGUUUCGAACAAGUAAGGAAUAAAACUCGCACAACAUGCCGUUACCGGAAAACAGUCAAUAACGGGAUAGUGUGAGGCGGUUAUUACAACACUGAAUUUAUAUCUAUCUAAUAUAUUUACAGUUGUGCCCAAAAGUUUGCAUACCCCUUGCAGAAUCUGCUAAAUUUUAAUACUGUUAACAAAAUAAGACUGAUCAUAAAAAUCCCAUGUUAUUUCAUAUUUAGUCCUGUCCGGAAGAAGCUAUUUCACAUAACAGAUGUUUACAUAUUGUCCAUAAGACAAGAUUAUAGCUGAAUUUAUAAAAAUUACCUCAUUCAAAAGUUUACAUACCUUUUGAUUAUUAACACUGUGUCCGUUACCUGGAUGAUCCACGACUGUGUUUAUGUGUUGUGAGAGUUCUUCAUGAGUCUCGUGUUUGUCCUGAGCAGUUAAACUGCCCACUGUUCUUCAGAAAAAUCCUCCAGGUCCUGCACAUUCUCUGCUUUUCCAGCAUCUUCUGCAUAUUUGACCCUUCUCCAGCAGGCGGCUAUGUGAUGUUGAGAUCCAUCCUUUCACACCGGGGACAUCUGAGGGACUCGUACACGACUAUUACAAAAGGUGCACACGUUCACCGAUGCUCAAGAAGGCAACACAGGAUACAUUAAGAGCCAGGGGGAGGGGAUGUAAACUUUUGAACAGGAUGAUCGGUGUAAAUUGUUAGCAUUUUGCCUUUGGGAGACAUCUGAAGGGCAGUACUAAAUAAUAAUAAUAAAAAAAGAGAUCUGUAAACAAAAUAAUUUACACCGAUCAUCCUGUUAAAAAGUUUACACCCCCUGGCUCUUAAUGUAUCAUGUUGCGUUCUCGAGCAUCAAAGUGAGACGUGUUUGCACAAAUAAAGAGGACAAGGAAAUGAAGCCGACAGCCACCAGUUUAGCAUAGUGUUGCUAAACCUCAUGGCUAUUUCUUGUUAUUAACAUGAUACUUGUCACUCCAGUGCAAAACCAAACUUCACCCAAAAUCAAGCAUAUUUUGCCUGAUUACUUGUGUAAAUAUUGUAAAUAUGGUCCUCUCGACACUUAUCGUCUCACGGUUGGGCGAAAAAUUCUUUACUAUAGAGUGUAAAUUCUAUACUAUAAUAUGUCAUUUCCACUUAUUAUAUAUAAUGUAGUAGACUACACCAUUGAUAUAUGCAUCUAUCAAUUGUCUUCAUCUUCUGAAACCAAAAGUAUUCCACGGCCCCCCAGAAUCGCUGACUCUGCUGUAUGUGGUGAAUCAAAACAAAGCGCUCAGGCUCUGUUCGGACGGGAUUAGUUUUACACGCGGAGCGAGGGUAACUUCAUCUUUUACAGGUGCUGCGUUCUGAUUUCGACUGGGUCUCUGUUUUUCUUCCUCCAUCUCCGAUUCCAGGACAUUCCAGCUGAACAUACUUGCUGUUUGGGGUGGUCUGAGCCUUUUAGUGCUUUCUUGGUUAACUUUUCACAAGCAGCUGUUGUCCAUAAUGAUUUUACGUCACUAAAAUACAGUAGCCCACUUUAUAUGAUACUCGGUAUUAUUUCUGUAUCAACUUUUAGAAAUGAGGCCAGAUCUGGAAAAAUCUGGGAUUUAUUAAUUUUUUAAAGUAAAUGUACAACAUCUUGAAUAUUCAACAUACAAGGUUCUGCACAUGGGUCCCUAUUUACACCUAAGCAAAUGUGUGAUAUCGACAAUGUUAACCGCUUCGUACAAAGGGUCAGAAUUUCCUCGUGUCCGAUCUCUUCUAUUGAAGCGUGUGAUCAGACAUCACGCGGACGGAUUGGAUCUAAAAUGGUUCAUGAAUGCACACUGUCAUUAACGCAAAAACAAGGACAAACCAAAUAUUCUGGAACUCUUGUAGUGAAAUUCAUGUUAAUAUUUCUACGAUUCUACUUUUGCAGUUUGAAGUUAUCAGUAAUAUCAUUUGUAAUGAAAAUUGUUGUGUUAAAUUAGAAGAGAUUGCAUAAUAGAAGCAUUUUCACU